CUUUCUUAGUAACUAUAGACCAUGAGCAUUCAGACCAAUCUGCACAGUUGGUCUGAAGGAGCAACAGAGUGAGAGACUCCGUCUGGUUUUAUCAACAUGUUUGGAUUCCAGUUGCUGCUUAUCGGCGUCCUUAUGGGCAUGAGCGCCGCUGAUCUCUUAUGCGACCCUACCACCCAGUAUGAAGAAAAUGAACAGUGCUGCAUGAAGUGUGGACCAGGAACAAAAAUGACGAUGAAAGACUGUGAAAAUCCAACAUGUGAGCCAUGCGGCCCGGAUGAAUAUCAGGAGACGCACACCACUGAAAAACGGUGUGAAGCCCAGCCAUAUUGUGAUCCAAAUAAAAACAUGCAAAUUGGAGUCCAUGACAGUAAGACGAAAGCUGUCUGCAUGUGUGAACGAGGGUUUCACUGCUCAAGUGAAAGUUGUUUGACCUGCGUGCCACACAAGCAGUGUGGGCCAGGAGAAGGAGUUCUGUCUGAAGGGACUCAAAAAGAUGACACAGUGUGCCAACCAUGUGUGAAGGGGACAUUUUCCAAUGAAACCUCCAUGUAUGGCCGCUGCAUUGAACACACAAAGUGUUCGUCGGAUUAUACUACUGAAGUAGCUGGAACCAACCGAUCCGACACCAUAUGUGUAAAGAACAGCCGGGCCCAUAUCAUAGUUGUCACUGUGAUGGGAAUCUUUCUAGCUGCAUGUUGUGUAUUUGGAGUGUUUCUGUAUUGCCAAUGUAAAUCAAAUUCAGAGAAGGAGAAAAAAUUGGAGUCUAUUGACGUUAUUGGACCAACAACAUACGGGCCAAAUGAAGAAACCUCCCUGUUUCCUGGACCACAGACGCCAGUGGAAAACGAAGACAGAAGCAUCCCUUCUCAGGAAGACGCAAGAAGCUUUUCUGCAAUGUCCUUCGGUUCCGCUGGGGAGCACGGAAGAAGUGAGAACGGAAAAAUUGUGUGUUCUGUGGAGGAGGAAGGAAAAAUUUCCUGUCUCCCCCGUCAGGAAUCACAAGUAUCGAGCUCCUCUACCGUCGGCUUCAGUUCAUGAUGAAACUGGGGAGAAUCGGUUGUGUCAUAACGGACUUUCUGGAAGAUAAAGCUGUAUUUAUUGACCCUAAUGUGCCUGUAAAUUUUCCUGAAUCGAUGUACAUAAAGUUGAAUCAUUUGCUGUUGUUGUACUUAGAUGUUGUACUUGUUGCAAUGAAACACAUUAAUGCUAUUGUUCAUGUUUUUGGCGUACUGAAGCACUGUGUUAUUAUAGUAAAAACUGCAUUAAAUUUUAUUCAUGUUUUUA